CGAUGGCGGCGGGGCUGUGCUGGCGGGCCGGGCUGCGCGCGGGGAGGCGGAGACUGGUGGAUUCUCUUCUGCCAGCUGGUGUUCCUAAGCUUAGUUAUCACUUUACAUCAUCACACAAGUAUGUUCCCAGACGGGCUGUGCUCUAUGUACCUGCGGAUGAUGAAAAGAAGAUAAGAAAAAUCCCAUCACUAAAUGUAGAUUGUGCAGUGUUGGACUGUGAAGAUGGUGUGGCUCUGAACAGAAAGAGAGAAGCAAGGCUGAACAUCGUGAAAACCCUUGAAGAGUUUGACUUAGGCCAUGGUGAAAAGUGUGUCAGGAUAAACUCUGUGUCCAGUGGCCUUGCAGAAGAAGAUCUAGAGGUGCUUUUGCAGUCCAAGACCCUGCCUUCAAGCAUGAUGCUGCCAAAGGUUGAAAAUGUUGAGGAAAUAAGAUGGUUUUCAGACAAAUUCUUACAUCACCUAAAAGGCCGAACACUUGUAGAACCAAUGAAUUUUAUCCCCUUUGUGGAAACUGCAAUGGGCUUGCUCAAUUUUAAGGCUGUCUGUGAAGAAGCACUGAGAACAGGAUCCCAGGCUGGCUUUCAUUUGGAUGCAGUUGUCUUUGGAGGAGAGGAUUUCCGUGCCAGCAUAGGUGCAACAAGCAGUAAGGAAACUCACGAUAUUCUAUAUGCCAGGCAAAAAAUCAUAGUCACAGCAAAGGCAUUUGGCCUUCAAGCAAUAGACCUUGUUUACAUUGAUUUCCAUGAUGAAGAUGGGCUCCGCAGGCAAUCGAGGGAAGGCGCCUCAAUGGGAUUCACUGGUAAGCAGGUGAUUCACCCCAACCAAAUUGCUGUUGUCCAGGAACAGUUCUCUCCGAGCCCUGAAAAAAUAAAGUGGGCACAAGAACUGAUAUCUGCUUUUGAAGAACAUCAGCGAUUAGGCAAGGGAGCGUUUACUUUCCGCGGGAGCAUGAUCGACAUGCCAUUACUGAAGCAGGCACAGAACAUUGUUACACUUGCCACAGCCAUCAAGAAAAAAUGAGUUGAACUCCUGGCAGAAAGGAGAAAGCCUCGAAUAAUUAUGCACCAGUUGAAAUAACUGCGAUGAAAAUCUUUACCCUGUGUGAGCUUUGCCUUCCCCCCACACUGCCCUUCUGUAAGUGUGCAACAGCCAUUAAAAAUAAUGCUCCAACAAUGCA